AUGAAGGUGAAGGUGCUCCCGUGGGAGAUCUCCUUCGAGGAGUAUCAUUUUGAGCUAAUCAUGGGCCGCAUGUACGUGGCCGAUGCAACUACCUUUGCAUCUACAUCCGAGGGACCCGACGUAGGAAAAGUCCUGGUCGUAUGGUAUGAUGAGUGCGGAAGAACGAUCCGCUCUACUCGUCAGACAUUAUGGGAGGCAGCGGACAUGGCUCUACUAAGUAACGCCGAGACUAACGACUGGCCUUGUUGGGUACACGGGGAUGUAGGCCAAUUGUAUCAAUGGGGCCAGUUUUUGGGCCCAACCUAUGGCGACAAACGGUGA